ACAACUGGUUCAACAACAACCACAACUGAUUCUACAUUAACCGUAUCUUCAUCUAUAUUAAAAACAGCUGAUUCUACAACUACCUUAACUACACAUUCAACAACCUCAACUGAUUUAACCUCGACGACAACUGACUCUACAACAACCAGAACUGAUUCAACAACAACCACAAUUGAAUCAACAACAACCAUAACUUUACUUAUAACAGAAGCAACUGGAUAUACAACUACUAAACUACACCUUCAAUAA